GUCCCCUCGGCCCAGGGUCGUGCCCGGGCGCGCUCCGGGUGCGCUGCGGGCGCCGAGGGGCCGCGGGAGCCGGCCCCGCCCCGCGGACCCCGCGCGGGCCCAGGACGGCGUGGGGGCGGCGCUGCGGGCGCGCGGCGCGCACUGCGGUCCCCGCGCCUCCGCCGCAGAGCGCGCCCCGCUCCGCACGCACCUGCCGCCGCGCCCGCGCCCCGGAGCCGCCGCGCCAUCGCCCCGGGUCGCCGCGCCCGGGCCUGCCUUGGAGAGCUCCCCGCGCGCUCCCCGCGGACGCCAGGCUGGGGCAGCUGCAGCUCGGGCCUGAUCCAGGCCUGUCCUCCGCGCGCGCCGCGCCGCCCGCAGCCCGCAUCCUCUGGCUCCCGCGGCCCGGCCUAGCUGCCUUCCCUGGGCGCCCUGUCCUGGAGCCAUGGCGCCCACCUAGCCCCAGCCUGCCCCGAUGUCCCCGCCCGGGCGCCGCUGACCCCGGCCGCAGGGGGAACUCCCCCCGCGGCUCCUGGCCAGCCUCCGCGGCCAGAGACCCUGGGUGAGUCCCCGGCUGCGGCCUCCCGGCCAGGGCCGCCUCCCACCCCGCCCUGCCCGCGCCUGCCCCCGCGCCCGCCGCCCCUUCCUCCUCCUCCUCGCAGGACUGGACCCCAGACGCGGCCGCCGUGGCCAGCCCCCCAGCUCCCGCCGGCCGUCCUUAGGAGCCCGCGGGGCUGCCGGGGUCCCCCCCGGCUCUGGCAGGACCAGGAUGCUGCCCCGACCCCCAGCCCCCAGCCCCAGCCCACGCCAGUGUCCCCCCGAGCGUCCACGCUGACAGCAGGCAGCCCGAUGCCGGCUGACCCCGGGCCCGAGGCGGGCAGCGGCUGGCCGGGCCUCCUCAUGUCCUGCCUCAAGGGUCCCCACGUCAUCUUCAAGAUGGAGGCCAUGAAGCUGGUGCACCCCGAGAAGUUCCCCGAGCUGCCCGCGGCCCCGCGGCCCGCGCCUGCGCUGGCCCCGAAGCGGGCCUGGCCCUCUGACACCGAGAUCAUCGUUAACCAGGCGUGCGGGGGCGACGUGCCCGCCCUGGACGCGGGGGCGCCCCGCACGCCGCCCCUGCCGCGCGGGCCCCGCAAGGGCAGCGUGGAGCUGGGCUUCCCGCGGGUGGCGCCGGCGGACGAGGUCAUCGUGAACCAGUACGUGCUGCGGCCGGGCCCUGCGGCCAGCGCGGCGGCGUCCGGGGCGGCGGGCGCCGUGCCCGGCGAGCCCCUGCAGUGCCCCACGUGCGGGCACACCUACAACGCGGCACAGCGGCGGCCGCGCGUGCUCUCCUGUCUGCACUCGGUGUGUGAGCAGUGCCUACAGAUCCUCUACGAGUCCUGCCCCAAGUACAAGUUCAUCUCCUGCCCCACCUGCCGCCGCGAGACUGUGCUGUUCACCGACUACGGCCUGGCCGCGCUGGCCGUCAACACGUCCAUCCUCAGCCGCCUGCCGCCCGAGGCACUGACCGCCCCGGCGGGUGGCCAGUGGGCCGGCGAGCCCGAGGGCAGCUGCUACCAGACCUUCCGGCAGUACUGCGGCGCCGCGUGCACCUGCCACGUGCGGAACCCGCUGUCCGCCUGCUCCAUCAUGUAGUUCCCGGCAGUCCCUGCUCGCGCCGCCCCUGCCCCUCGCUGCCCGCUCGCUCUUCCUCGCCCACCUGUCUGCAGUGGCUUCCGGCUCCACCCCUUGUGGCACUAUUGCUCCAGCCAACUUUGCCAUUAAAACUCUGCCAAAGUU